UUGUAGAUUGUCAAAUGAAUUCGAACGAAAAUGGUCUUUACAAAUUCGUAAUUCGACAAUUUAUUAAACUAUGAAGUGAUUUAUAAUGAUUUACAUGUUGAUUGUGUAAUAUUUACUAGAUAAAGUUUAAAUAUACACCAAUUGAUUGGUUAGAAUUGAUUUUAUUUUAUUACGGGCACCGGUGGAGGUUAUGAAAUAGAUUGUCCAACUCCAAUACAUUAUACCUAUUGGUUAUGUUUACAGUCUUUACGAAGAAAUUGGACAAAUUACGUAAACUAUGUCAAGAAUACUACACAAUCGUAUGAGAUCAUCGCUCAAAACCUCAGCAGCGUGGUCGUGUGUGGACAAACGAGCAGUCGCAUUCUCCAUAUGGACCGGCCGCAACCUGCUCCUGCCCAAGCCCAUAGAUGUGUGUCAUGUACAGAGGAGGAGGUAUGGCAUGCUGGUAAUGCGAGCUGUGAGGGGUGUGUUGAAGAUACGAUACUUGUUGCUGGGUGGAGCUGUCGGAGGCGGGAUGACCUUGAAUAAGAAAUAUACAGAAUGGAAGGAUGGUCUCCCUGACAUGGGAUGGGUGAAUGACCUGCUGCCUGAUAAUGAGCAGUGGGACAGGUUCACCACCACACUCAUCUCGGCCAAGGACAAGAUUGGUGACCAAUUGCAGAUUGGUGUCCCACUGACGCUGUCGGUGCACGCAGAUCCUCGUCUGCGCGAGGCCGGGCUGUCGCGGGCGGCGGAGCUCCGCGAUUGGCUGUCGCAACGUUACGAAGACGCUGUGGCGGCCGCCGCUGCGAAUAACGCCGCGCAUAUAGAGGCACCUCAGAAAAUUGUAAACAACCUGCAGAGUAGACCACCGCCUUCUCCGGCGCGGUCUAGCAGCGAUGACUCCAAUAACUAUGAAAAACGCGUGCACGCAUUACAAGAGGAGGUGUUAGCGCUCCAAGCGCGCUACCAGAGGGAGUUACAACGCUUAGAGCAGGAGAACAGGGAGCUGAGACAGCAGAAUAUGCUGCUGAGGCAGGGGAGGAUGCCUUCUGUGAGGAAGAUGAAGCGGUCGCUCAUAGACAUGUAUUCGGCCGUACUAGACGAGCUAUCUGGCUGGGACGCGGGCGAAACCGAUCGUCUGCCCAGAGUGGUCGUGGUCGGCGACCAGUCGGCCGGGAAGACUUCAGUUUUGGAGAUGAUCGCUCAGGCGAGGAUAUUUCCGAGAGGAGCCGGCGAAAUGUGCACUAGGGCUCCAGUGAAAGUGACGUUAUCAGAGGGGCCAUACCACGUGGCCCAGUUUAGGGACUCCGCCAGAGAGUUCGAUCUCAACAAGGAGUCAGAUUUAGCCGAUUUACGGAAAGAAGUAGAACUGCGCAUGCGCAACAGCGUCCGCGGCGGGAGGACAGUGUCUACUGACGUCAUCUCCAUGUCUGUCAAAGGUCCGGGACUACACCGCAUGGUGUUGGUCGAUUUACCCGGAGUCAUUUCUACACAAACGGUAGAUAUGGCAUCGGACACACGCGAGGCAAUCAAACAUAUGACCAAACAGUACAUGGAUAAUCCCAACGCCAUCAUAUUGUGCAUACAGGACGGGUCAGUGGAUGCCGAGCGAAGCAACGUGACAGACCUAGUGUCGUCAUGUGACCCGAGCGGAAAGCGGACUAUAUUUGUAUUGACUAAGGUCGAUCUGGCCGAAGAAAACCUCGCUAAUCCGAACAGGAUUCGUCGCAUUCUCGAAGGCAAAUUGUUCCCAAUGAAGGCCCUCGGCUACUACGCGGUGGUGACGGGCCGGAGCCGCAAGGACGACUCAAUACAAAGCAUUAGAGAGUACGAGGAACGAUUCUUCAGAUCCUCCAAGCUUUUCAAGGACGGACUGGUGACGCCAUCUCAAGUCACGACCAGGAACUUAUCAUUGGCCGUGGCUGAGUGUUUCUGGAGAAUGGUCCGCGCGUCCGUGGAGCAACAGGCUGACGCGUUCAAAGCUAUGCGUUUCAACUUGGAGACCGAGUGGAAGAACACUUUCCCCAGACAACGCGAAUUGGACCGCGACGAACUAUUCGAACGCGCACGCGCAGAAUUGCUCGACCAAUCGGCGGAGCUAUCGUGUGUCGCCGCACCUGCGUGGGAACUACGUCUGCAGGAGGCGCUGUGGAACAAUGCUGCCGAACGGAUAUUCCAACAGAUAUACUUGCCGGCGGCCCACGCGGCGCAUUUAGAUGUAGCCUUCCCCCUCCCUCGCCAUGUGAAAUACGAACACUCGAAGUCCGCCAACACCAAUCGUACUACUAUAUUCCUUGACGUUUACGAUAUCGACUUCAACAAGUUCAACACAUCGGUGGACAUAAAGCUCCGCGAGUGGGCGGAGUCGGAGCUGCCGCUGCAGUCCGUGAGGGCGGGGCGCGAGGCGCUGCGGUCGGAGUUCCUGCAGCUGCUGGCGCGGGCCGCGGCGCCCGAGCCCGCCCACGAGCCCCUGCGCCGCGCGGCGGUGGAGGAGGCGCUGAGGAGGCAUCAGUGGGAGGACCGCGCGCAGGAUGUGCUCCGCGUGCUGCAGCUGAACGCGCUGCAGGACCGUUGUGUGUCGUCGCGCGCCGACUGGGACGCGGCCGUCGCGCUCAUGGAGGCCGCCGUCAGGGAGAGACUGGAUGAAGUCAAUGCUGAGCUCAAGACUCUCACCGGCCCCGGGUUCAAGGACCGCUGGCUGUACUGGCAACACACGAGCGAAGAGCAACACCGAAGGGCGGAAGUUCGCAACGAAUUAGAAAAGCUCGGCUCCUCUCGACCCGCGCUCAGUUACGACGAAGUGGUCGCCGUCAGGGACAACCUGCGCAGGAAAGGCUUGGAGGUCGAUAACGACUAUAUUCGGGAGACGUGGAAACCGGUUUAUCUGAGAAAUUUCCUACAAAGUGCGCAGACGCGGGCGCGUGAUUGUAAAAAGAGCUUCUAUUUGUAUAGUCAACAAAACGGUAACGGGGAAUGCUGCGAAGUAGUGAUGUUCUGGCGCGUGCAGCAGACGCUGCGAACCACCGCUAACGCGCUCAGGCAGCAGAUCGGGAACAGGGAGGCGGCGAGGCUGGACCGCGAACUGCGGGAGGUGCUAGACGAGAUGGCUGCGGAUCCAGAAAUCAAGAAGAAAUUAAUAUCAGGAAGGAGAGUGGAACUUGCAGAAGAAUUGAAACGAGUGAGACAAGUGCAAGAGAAAUUGGAAGAGUUUAUAGAGGCGUUAAAUAAAGAGAAAUAAUUGUAAAUUAUUCUUGGGUAACUCAAACUUUAGGAAAUAUUAGCGUAGAAGGGUUUGUCAAGUUUGGCUGUCCUUGUCACUCGCGUAAUGAAAUAUCGCCGUUCGUUCACACAUGUUUGUUUCAUAUGAUAAUUUGACAGAUUAUUAUAAUCUGUUAUUUAUGCAGAUAGUUGAGUGAACAGGAUGGCAAUACAUGACGUAUGAGAGUAACAGAGAUGACGAUAUAUGAUGAUGUUCUAUGACAACACAUGGCUUUUGAUAUAGGCGAAUUUGAUAUAGGUUGGAGGUAUUUCUGUCAUUUUAAGCAAUAUUUAAUAAAAGGACAAAGUUCUUAAUUAUUUGAUAAAGUUAAAAAAAUCUUAUACAAUAGGGUAGAUGACAAAGUUAGUCCGAGAAUUGUAAAAAAUAUGUAUAAUCUAGAUGAAAUGUAUAGGUAUAUUGAUAAUUCAUAGACAAUAGUGACAAUACAGAUCAUUAUACAUAAAGUUUUAAAGUCCAUUAAAAAAUAUAUAAAAAUAAUCUGGACUAUCAUAAAAACAAAAAUGUUGUAACAACUUUUAUUAAGAAAUCAUUACCAUAAACGUAAUUUUCAGCUGUCGAACAAACAGCGUUUUUUCCUAACCUAAUUACCAAGUUAUGACGUCACUUCUAUGUUUCAUUUAGUAUGGAACGUUUGGACGAGUCCGAAAAUGUUUGAUUUUAUUUCAAAGAUUUGUCAUUACCACAGUAAUUUUUUUCACUGGUUUUUCUAUUAAUAUAAAGGCCUUCGAAUAGUGAUCAAAACAAAAAUUUGUCGUCCACCCUAUUGACCGUCACUCAUUUUCAUCUUAAAAUUUAGGAAGUUAACUUUGUUUUUUUGUUUGUUUGUUAAUACUCAUAUUUACGUUAGCAUAAAGUUUUUUUUAUUGUUUUUUUUUUUUCGCCAUCGUAUUGGAAGUCAUUUUUGAUUUAUUUUAUUUUUGAGUCGUAUCCAGUAUGAGAGAUGACUGUAUAUAUUUUGUCAAGCGUGUGCUUGAAAGCUACACAUGAAAUUUUGUUUUGAGUCAAUAUUUCAAUUUCCUUUGUGAUAUAAUAAUUUUCGUUUCCAUUUAAAAUUUGAAUGUAAUUUGUUAAUUAUGUUAAAACGAACAAAUUAUGUAUGAUUGAUUUCGAGAUUUUGAAAAAUUCCUAUUUUACUUAUAGUUAAAAAUAACCUAUUUUGAUAGUAAAUUAUUGUCUAAAUCGUUAUAGACGUUUCAAAGACAAAAAUGUUUAAAAAAUGCUUGUUUGAAAUAUAUUCGAACUGCUCACUAAGUUUGUAGUAUGUAGGUUCCUAUAAGUUAUUAUGAAAUAUUGUGUAAUAUAUGGAGUGAACAUACUAUGCCGACCCCACAUGAGCGGGAAAAUAGAUCAAGAACUUAUAAUAAUAAUAUUUCUUUAUAUUAUGUAAUACAUUUGACAGAAAUAUCGCUAACCGUCUAGUCCACUGUGAAUGUAGACAGUUUUCGUAAGCCAUGGCAUUUUAAAUGUACAGAUUUACAGAUUCUAUGGAAAUGUUACUUUUUCUCAUUUAUAUAUCAGCACAUAACGGUUAAUAAAGAGUAAAAAUAUUGAUCAAAGUCUUACGUCUUUACUCGGCAAAAAAUAGUUGAACUUUUGAAAUUGAUGUUUAAAAUGGCUUUAUUUUUGUAGAAAUUGAACCGUGCACGUUGUAUUUUGAUUUUUAGUAACGAGUCCAUUUUUAUAUACCACUCAUUUAAAAAUUCUGAAUUCGUGUUAUUUUUACAAGCGUGAUUGAAACAGUGAUUCAAAAUUGUGUAAUUGUAAUAGAAUAUUUUUUUAAAACAUACGAUUUUAAUUUAUUCGCAUUUAUUUCGAGUGAAAUUCAUAAAUAGAUUUCGCAUUUCACAUGAAAUAAAACACAUAUAUAUUGCAAAGUAUAUAAAUCUUUAUAACAACACAAAAAUAGCAGCGAACAUCAUUACAUAAACAUUACAAAGCAUUUUAAAAAACAUCUUAAAAAAAUAAGAAUAUAAAAAUAUGCUUUUAAUAAAUACCGUGAAUAAAUAUAAAAACUGAGAUGAUAAUUUUGUCUGUAAGUACAAUCGGAGGCAGAUAUACCUGACCCACUCCUGGUAGAAAGUUAAGUAGGGUUUAUUUGCUCUCAAUUGUACAGCUACAAAAUAGCAUUUAGUUUUAGAACUAAUAUUUUUUUCUCGAUGUAAAUUUUUCAACUGGAAGUUCAAAAUUUAAACUUUGUUGAUUUUAAGCAUUUCUUUUUUAUUCACAAAAGCAUCGAUUAUUUCAUAAUGACGGUAUCUAGUUAAAGAAUCGACUAAUAACGAAAACUAAAAUUAAAGGUAAAAAGGUAAUGCUUCCAAACAUGGCUAUUGUCGUCGUCUACGCACUUAUUAUACGUUGUAUUAUUUUGUUAUUAAUUUAACAGCUUGAUGUAAGUUAUCUUGUAAUAAAAUGUUGCGUAAAAAGUU